GUGACGUACUGAUUUGCACUAUUGUACAAAAUCGACCGCCUGCUAUAUUUUCUGUUCUUUGGAUAGGUUAAUCGCUCAGUGGUGAAAACAAACGGCCGUCUGUUGGAUUGAACGCUACUAUAAAUAGUCCGUUUGCAGGUUUAAAAUAGGGCGCGAGAUCGCAUGCGUGAGCCGGGGAAAGUUUUGAGGACCUCUACGUGUACUUUCGAUGAAUAUUCGUCCGUUCGGAAAGAUGAUGUGAACUCGUCAAGUCGGCUUUCGUGAGGGAUUAAUAAUCUGCCAGCGUUCUGGCGUUCGAGUGUUUGGAGGAAUGGAAUUCAAAGGUCUGAGGAGCAAAGUUGAAAGCGGGAUCGUUUGACUCAAGUUUGGAUCCUCCCUGACAUGCUCCUAGCCAUGGUGACUAAAGUAUCUUUCCGGCUUUCUGAAUGAACUCGUUGUGCAAUGGGGACUCAGAGAAACGGCUUCAGCAAACGAGAGAGCUUCAUUCUCUCUGUUGAUGUGGGAACAACCUCCAUCAGGUGCCAUGUGUACGAUAAGAGCGCCAGUAUCAGGGGAUCCUGCUCCACGAAGGUGUCCUUACUUUAUCCCCGGCCUGGAUGGGUAGAGAUUGACCCUGAGGAUCUGUGGAAAGGGUUUGUGACUGUAGUCAAAGGAGCAGUUCAAGACUCAGGCUUACGGAUGUGCCAAAUGGAAAGCCUUGGCAUUUCAACUCAGAGGGCGACGUUCAUAACGUGGGACAGAAACACGGGACGACCCUUUCACAAUUUCAUCACCUGGCAGGAUUUGAGGGCAGCCGAUUUGGUGAGAUCGUGGAACAGGUCCUGCACUAUGAAGACAGUGCACGGAGUGAUGAAGGUGCUGCACUUUCUCAGCAGGCAGAAGCGCUUCCUUGCAGCCAGCCUGGUAGUUUUUACCACCCAGCAUGUGUCACUGCGUCUUGUCUGGGCCUUGAACAAUAUCCCUCAGUUGCGGCAGGCAGUUGAAGAUGGCUCCUGUUAUUUUGGGACUAUAGACACCUGGCUGCUGUACAAACUGACUAAAGGACUGGUUCAUGCUACUGAUUACUCUAAUGCCAGCGCAACCGCAAUAUUUGAUUCCUAUCAGAUGUGCUGGAGUGGGUUUAUUUGCUCACUCCUUUCUAUACCUCCUUCCAUCCUCCCCAGUGUGCAGGACACCAGUCAUAAAUUUGGCACGUGUGAUCCUUCCGUAUUCGGGGUACCCAUCCCGAUCAUGUCUGUUAUGGCGGACCAACAAGCGGCCAUGUUUGGAGAAUGCUGCUUUGACGUUGGUGAUGUGAAAAUUACUAUGGGCACAGGGACCUUCAUGGACAUCAAUACAGGAAACAAACCGCACACGUCUGUAGCAGGCCUUUAUCCGCUGGUGGGCUGGAAAAUCGGUGCUGAUGUUGUGUAUCUGGCUGAAGGUAAUGCUGCUGGAACAGGUGCUGCCAUAAAAUGGGCCCAGGAUCUAGAGUUCUUUUCUGAUGUAAAGGAAACUGAAGCUAUAGCCACUAGCGUGGAAGACUCGGAUGGAGUGUAUUUUGUGCCAUCCUUUAGUGGCUUACAGGCCCCUCUGAACGAUCCCAAAGCUUGUGCCUCUUUCAUGGGCUUAAAACCUUCCACGACCAAGAGCCAUCUUGUUCGAGCCAUUCUGGAGUCUAUAGCGUUCAGGAACAAGCAGCUCUUUGAAGUCAUGCUUCGAGAAACCCGGAUUCCCAUCACUAAAAUCAGGGCGGAUGGAGGUGUGUGCACCAAUAAUUUCAUCAUGCAACUCACAGCUGAUCUGUUGGGGCAUAAGAUAGAACGUCCAAACCACUUUGACAUGUCCUGCCUUGGAGCUGCUUUUGUCGCAGGACUAGGAACAGGCUACUGGAGGAGCCAAGAAGAGCUGAAGAAGCUUUUGACUACUGACCAACAUUUCCUUCCCCGAAGGAGUAAAGCAGAUUUUGACAGGGGCGGCUCAUACAGAGGUGUACUGCAGAGCUGGGAGAGGGCUCUUCAGCGCUCUAUGCACUGGUACAGCCAGCCCUGAUUUACCAGAGUACACUGAUUACACUUUACUGCUGUCAACGGGUUUAGGGCAGUUCUCUCUGCCACUGAGAAAAAAAAAAACACUCGAACGGUAUGACUUCCAAUCUGGAUUCGUAAACCCGCAUAUCAAAGGUUAGUUACAGUUUUGCCAAAUCACGGGGGAUUUUACAGAUUUACAACUUGUUUGCGUAAACCAAAAUCACUCGGUUGUGAAUCUAGUGGUAUUAUGAUGACGAAGCGGCAAUUUCUACUAGUAGUAUUACGAUUUUGCCAAUCGAUAAUUUUGUCAUUAGGUACUAAAAAACAAUCCGUGCCUUAACCCUGCUGUUUUAUUUUAUUUUUUGUUAGUUUUUUAUACGAACAAAUAAAUUUCUUGUUGUGUGCCUUUUAUUGAGGUGCUUUUGUGCAAGAGAUUCUCAGUGAGGUGCCUCGGUUACUCGUCUCCCAAUGGAUGAAAUUUCCCCCCCGGAUGACUUUUGUAAUUAUAUGCAAUUUGUGUUGUUUACAUAAAUGGGAGUAAGUGACUUACUGCUCUUUAUUUUUAUCAUACACUGAGUUAACACACAGUGCAUCUAUUUUAGUGAACGGUAAUUUAUACAAGCUGUUGUAAUUUUCAUGUAAUUUUAGCAAAUAUUUUCUAAUAGUCUUGGCAUUAUGUGGGUUUUUUUUUUUUUAAAUGUUUAUCUUAUCAAAUGUACCUCGUAAUACAAAGAGAAUGCUGCAAACGUGGAAAAUUUGUUACCUGAAGGACUACAUGUCCUAAUGUGUUUCUUCUUCAGCUUUAUGGAUCCAACCUGCUAUACUUGUUUAUAUACAAAACUGUAGCUGUGUCACAGAUCGUCACUUUGUACUAUCAACAGCGGCUAAUAAUAGCAUUGAACUAUUGAAAAAAUGAGUAACAGUGAAACUGUACAUGGUAAUAUCCUAGGCUUUUAUCAGGAUCUUAAAGAAAAAAUACGUAGAGGAUAUUUGUAAAGAUAAAUGCCUUAAUAGUUUGUCUGAAAAAAAAACUGACUGUGCCAUGUUUCGUGUCUGUAUGUGCAAUUUAGUUGUUCUAAUAAAUUUUCAUUAUGCCA